CCUGCACCUGCACCUGAACCUGCACCCAUCUUCACAUACAACAUCUCACAACACCAUUGUCCUCGACUCGACUGAACAACUCCUCACUCUUCGGCUACCCCGCGAACACCGAACCUACCGAUUGCCUCUACAUUCUGCUUCCUUUGUGCUUGAGGUAGCAAGUAUCUAGGUUCCAAUUACUGGCGCCAUGUCGUGGGCAGGGUUCAAGAAAAAUGUCAACCGGGCAACCACCCAGGUAAUGAUGAAAACGGGGCAUGUUGAGAGAACAAACGAUCGUGAUUAUGAAGUAGAAGAGAGGAGAUACAGGACGAUGGAAUCUGCAGCAAAUCGCCUACAGAAAGAAGCAAAGGGCUACCUGGACAGUCUCAGAGGUUUGAAGCAUGUCCAGAUUCGGCUUAUGAACAUAGCCAACUGAUUUCCUUGGGUGAACAGCCAUGACCGCCUCCCAGAUGCGGAUAGCAGAAACCAUCGACGCCUUCUACGGGGAUGCCGGUACAAGAGAUGGCGUGUCAAGAUCUUAUAAACAGGCCGUGGAAGACUUGGAUGCUGAAACGAUAAAAGCCCUCGACGGUCCAUACCGAACCACUGUUUUGGAGCCAAUCUCUCGUUUCUGCGCUUAUUUCCCUGAUAUCAAUGAGUGUAUCAAGAAACGCAACAAUAAACUACUCGACUACGAUUCGAUGCGAUCAAAAGUGAAAAGAUUGGUUGAAAAGCCCGACAAGGAUGUGACCAAACUGCCACGCGCCGAGAAGGAGGCCGAGCUGGCCAAGCAAGCAUACGAACAACUCAACGAACAGCUAUUCACCGAACUACCUCAAUUAAUCGACCUCCGAGUUCCUUACCUAGAUCCCUCAUUCGAAGCGCUGGUGAAAAUCCAGUUACGAUUCUGUGCAGAAGCAUACAGUCGCAUGGCGCAGGUACAACAGUAUCUGGAUGCAGAUACCAGAGACCAAUAUGCUCGUGGUGAUCUGGAUAACAGGGUCGAACAAGUCUUGGCUGAGAUUCGCGAUCUGACCAUUGCGGGUACUGUCUAAGCGUGAUGACCGUUCUUGGCCUACCAAACGAUGGCUUGGACGAGGUUACCCCCCUGUGAAACAAUCAUUCAUGCUUGUAUGCGCCACUGGCAUGGACCAACUUGUUGGCCUUGGAUCGAUUGAAGCGCAAAUGAAUGCGGGCGUCGAUGAAGCCUAUGCACUGUUGCCAUUCACAAAACAUUGGAACCGGCUCUUACUGCACGUCGACGUGAUAGAACACUGAGCUGGGGGUGGGGAUGAAAAGGUCCAGGCGGCGCUGUCAUGUUGUUGGGGUUUUCAUAGAUCGGCAUGCGUGGCAUAUCAAGGCGACAGGUAGUUGGUGUUCGGCAGGGUUGUUGACGAACAACCAUGACUUUGGAAACAGCCAAUGGUCUACAGAGCUGUUUUCAGCUGCACACAGCAACUUUAAUGAAUCCUGUAAAUGCUGGUAGCUCAAGCGUCCAGAAAUGGAUUUUCAUGUUUGUAUGACUUAUGCAUGAUGCACGAGGCUGCUCGCGACCCAGCUGUCAAACAGACGCUGAUAUCAGGGACCUUUUUCCUCGACAAUCAAGAGAUCUUGUCCUCAUAAUGGUGGUGUCAUCUUUUAUGUACCCAAACAUUUUUAUAUAAUUA